UGGAUCAAACCGUUAUGAAACGGUUUUCAGAUACCCCAUCUGGAAACGUCAAUGGCAAGUCAUCACGAGAUGAUCCUUCUUUCGAUCCUCCUCUGAGCGAAGUGAGAGAGUGUGGCCAACUGCAGUUGCUGUUUGCUACUGGGUUUGACCACAAAGAAGUUUCAGAUGAGCAAUUGAAGUUGCAUUUUGCGCAGUUUGGGUUCCCGAAGGAGAUACAUGUAGUUGAAGAGUAUGAGAGCGUAGAAGAUGCCGACCAGCAAAAGAACCCCUUCGUCUACUGUCAGGUUACAAUGAGUAAAUAUGAGGAAACUACUGAAGCGCUCACUAAAUUCGACAAAGUCUAUCAUCAGAAAGGUCUCGAGAAGCUGGUAGUGAUGCGCUACAAACCACGUGGAUUGAGAGACCUAGAGGACAAGUAUGUUCCGAAUGGAGUUGAAUUGCAGAAUGUUCCGGAUACUGCGGAGGCGAAGAAAAGUCUGCAACCAUUUUUGGAAUCUAUUCCAGGCAUCAGAUGUGUGUCUAUUUUGCUGCUCACGCCAGAACGCAAUGACGAUGAGCCGCGUUUCAAUGUCUACUUCGAAACUGUAGAUAUGGCUGACAGCCUGAUCAUUCUGGGCAAAAUCCGGUACCCAGCUGCGAAAAAUGCCACUAUCCGAUUUCUGCGCGUCCCUCGUAACACGGAAACAAUGUCCCAUGCCAAAGCUAUGAAGACGCCAUAUGUAACUCCGAAGUGUAUCGACCCAGACGUGAACAAGAAGUUGAAGUGCAAUUUCGAAGUGAGCAGAGGGUACCAAGCAGGAUACAGGAAGACAAUGAGCAAUAUACAAGAUGUAAUUCAGCAGUACCUUGCAGGAGCACCAUCUGCUGUGUCAGAUCCAAAGAAGCUAGCGACCGCCAUCAACAAAAUGAUCGCCAAACCUGUACCCACAAAUCCACCUUCGACAGUUACAUGCAAUACAUGUCUACCGGCUGCAGCUACUGCACAUUGAUCUUAAAAACGAGAUUCAUGUCUGACUUUGAAUUAUUUUACGAAUUUUUCUGAUGAUUUUUUUUUGUUUUGUACGAUCUCAAAUUUGAUUG